AUGAAUAGAUGGGUAGAGAAGUGGCUGAGGGUAUACUUAAAAUGCUACAUUAAUUUGAUUUUAUUUUAUAGAAAUGUAUACCCACCUCAGUCAUUCGACUACACUACUUACCAGUCAUUCAACUUGCCGCAGUUCGUUCCCAUUAAUAGGCAUCCUGCUUUAAUUGACUAUAUAGAAGAACUUAUACUGGAUGUUCUUUCUAAAUUAACGCACGUUUACAGAUUUUCCAUCUGCAUUAUUAAUAAAAAGAACGAUUUAUGCAUUGAAAAAUACGUUUUAGAUUUUAGUGAAUUACAACAUGUGGAUAAAGACGAUCAGAUCAUUACGGAAACUGAAGUGUUCGACGAAUUCCGAUCUUCCUUAAAUAGUUUGAUUAUGCAUUUGGAGAAAUUACCUAAAGUCAACGAUGACACAAUAACAUUUGAAGCAGUUAUUAAUGCGAUCGAAUUGGAACUAGGACAUAAGUUGGACAGAAACAGGAGGGUCGAUAGUUUGGAGGAAAAAGCAGAAAUUGAAAGGGAUUCAAACUGGGUUAAAUGUCAAGAAGAUGAAAAUUUACCAGACAAUAAUGGUUUUCAACCUCCUAAAAUAAAACUCACUUCUUUAGUCGGUUCUGACGUGGGGCCUUUGAUUAUUCAUCAGUUUAGUGAAAAAUUAAUCAGCGGUGACGACAAAAUUUUGAAUGGAGUGUAUUCUCAAUAUGAAGAGGGCGAGAGCAUUUUUGGAUCUUUGUUUUAA